CGUACAGGCUGAGGGUGCAGCCCAGCCAAGAGCCAGUGUGAUCCUCACCUCGCCUCUCUGCGAUGGCUUCAGGAGGGGAGGAGCCGGCGGAUGGCUCCCCUGACUGGGCAGGUGCCAGCCUGGAUCUCGGCUCACCAGGCCUCGCCGAGGCCAGCGCUUCCAUGCUGGACAGCGGAGAGGACUUUGAAGUCCUAGAUGAGGAGGAUGACGACGACUUGAGCGAGCUCCCCCCUUUGGAGGAUAUCGGGCCAGAAAAGGCCACACCAGCCAGAGAUGAUUCCCAAACGCCCGGAUCAGAGCAAACCCCUGAGGAGGCCUCCAAGAUGCCCCUGGCAGCUGAUGAGUGGCUUGAUGUUUUGGGCAGUGGCUUGCUCAGGAAAAAGACCCUGGUGCCAGGUCACGGCGUGGAGAGCCGGCCACGCAAAGGCCAGGAUGUCACCGUUCGCCUCAAGGUGAUGCUGGAGGACGGCCACGUGGUGGAGGAGAAUCCCAGCCUCUCCUUCACCGUGGGAGACUGUGAUGUCAUGCAGGCCCUAGACCUGUGCGCGCAGCUGCUGGAAAUGGGAGAAACCGCCUUGAUCGUGUCGGAUGCCAAGUACUGCUACGGCCCGCAGGGCAGGACCCCCGACAUCCCGCCCCACGCCACCCUCACCCUGGAAGUGGAGCUGCUGGCCGCACAGGGUGCUCCCGACCUGGAGCUCCUUAGCGGGCGGGAGAAAAUCCAGCUGGCCAAUCGCAAGCGGGAGCGCGGGAACUUCUACUACCAGCAGGCGGACUACGUGCUGGCCAUCAACUCCUACGACAUUGCCCUGAAGGCCAUCGACUCCAGCUCCAAAGUCGACUUCAGCCCGGAGGAGGAGGCCGAGCUGCUGGAAGUGAAGGUGAAAUGUCUCAACAACCUGGCAGCCUCGCAGCUCAAGUUGGACCACUAUGAGGCAGCCCUGAGAUCCUGCACCCUGGUCCUGGAGCACCAGCCGGAAAACAUCAAGGCCCUCUUCCGCAAGGGGAAGGUGCUGGCGCAGCAAGGGGAGUACGGCGAGGCCAUCCCCCUCCUCAAGGCAGCUUUGAAGCUGGAGCCCGGUCCCUGGGAGGCAGGGCUGCCGUGCUGCUCAGUCUGCGGCGAGGGGAGGUGGGGCUGGCUUCUCAGGGCCAUCUGGCUGUCUCUCCCCCCCCAGACCAUCCACGCAGAGCUCUCCAAGCUGGUGAAGAAACACGCGGAGCAGAGGAACGUGGAGACAGCCAUGUACAGGAAGAUGCUGGGGAACCCGGGCAGCAGCAGCGCCCCGGCCACGUGCAAAGACAAGUCGGCCCGGUCUAUUCCCUGGAAGUGGCUCUUCGGUGCAACAGCCGUCGCGCUCGGCGGCGUGGCCUUGUCUGUCGUCAUAGCUGCCCGGAACUAGCGCUGUCUGCAGAGGCCUAUGGAGGGGGGCUGUGCCCCAGCCUGCCCAUCAGCUGCCCCCCGGACCCACCUGGCGAGGACUGUCUGAUCCCUCCCUCCAGCGGGGAGCCGGGGCACCGGGCAUCGCUCCCCGGCCCCUCGCCUACCAAUUGCAAAUCACAGAAACACCAGCCUCCCUCCUGCCACCCCGGCGCGGGGCAUUGACAGGUGGGAGGAAGAGCCUGGCGUCUCCACCCAUUGAUCACGGGUCUGGCAUCGUCCUCCCCCGCAGCACCUCUCCCAUAGGUGGGGCAGGGGGCACUG